AUGGCGAUGGCGAGAUCUAGGGAGCAGGGCCCCCCUGAGCUGCAGCGCGGCGGCGUUUUCUUUCUUUCUAUUCACUUAAGCUCAUUGCCUCUGUUUUUCAAGAAUGGGAGUGAGACAUCAAUCAAAAUAACAAAAACUGAAAAUUGGCCGUUCAUGGAGUGGCGGCUGUCCAAUAGGAAGCGCGUCGACAAGCACCUCAGGCGCGGGUUUGACUCCAUCGUGUUCUUGAUCGGUUGGAUGCUCCGGAAACAAAGGAACGCGAGGACCUUCGAUGGCAGUACACGUACAGCGAGGGAGCUCGCCGUGGACAUUCGCCUCAUCGCAGAGGACUGGCGAAUGGCUGGGUACAGGCAGCUCGGCAUCCUUCUGUCUGGACACUGA